AGGUCGGUCUUUAGAGCAUUUGAACGUUAAAUGUACCUUUUCUACCCUACAUAAAAAAUGUACAUCAUUUCUUGCAUCUUAGUUUCCUGGUUUCUUCUAUUCACUUUGUUGUGUACUGGAAAUCUGUAAGCAUGUUUGUCAAGAAAGCAUGUCAAGCAGCACCAUGUGUGAGAAAGAGCAGGUGCAGAACUUUUGUCUUGGUGCAGAAGUGUUGCAAAGGGAACAACUGAUGACUCUCAGCAACAGCACUGCUUAAUUACUGAGCAAAUACUAUAUAGUUGAACUGUACAGCCAUGUCACACCUAACAAAUGCAGAGCAACCAUAACUGCUACUCCUUCUGUUUUUUCAGGUGUGGACAAUGGGAUUUUAAACAAUCGCUGAGAAACUGCCAUUGUUUCUUUAGACCCCAGUGAACACAAGUACAACCCAAGUGGGCAUGGCGUCUGCCAAGAGCGGAUACGAAGGGAAGAUAGCCGGGCUGUAUGACUUGGACCGCACGCUGGGCAAGGGGCACUUCGCGGUGGUGAAGCUGGCACGCCACGUCUUCACUGGUGAGCUGGUGGCCGUCAAGGUCAUUGACAAGACCAAGCUGGACAGCUUGGCUGCCGGGCACCUCUUGCAGGAGGUACGUUGCAUGAAGUUGGUGCAGCAUCCCAAUGUGGUGCGGCUGUAUGAGGUCAUCGACACCCAGACCAAACUCUACCUCAUCCUGGAGCUGGGGGAUGGCGGGGACAUGUACGACUACAUCCUGCGGCACGAGGGGGGCGUCUCGGAGGCCCAAGCCAAGGUCCACUUUGCCCAGAUAGUGCGCGCCAUCUCCUACUGCCACCGGCUCCACGUGGUCCACCGAGACCUCAAGCCCGAGAACGUGGUCUUCUUCCGCCAGCAGGGCACCGUCAAGCUCACUGACUUUGGCUUCAGCAACCACUUCCAGCCCGGCACCAUGCUGAUGACCAGCUGUGGCUCGCUGGCCUACUCGGCGCCCGAGAUCCUCCUGGGAGAGGAGUAUGAUGCGCCUGCCGUGGAUAUCUGGAGCCUGGGAGUGAUUCUCUACAUGCUCGUAUGUGGGCAGCCGCCUUUCCAGGAAGCCAACGACAGCGAGACGCUCAUCAAGAUUAUGGACUGCCAGUACAGUGUGCCCCCCCAUGUCUCCGAGGAGUGCCGAGACCUGAUCUCACACAUGCUGCAGCGCGACCCAGAGAAACGGGCGUCCCUGCAGCAGAUCGAGGGUCACCCCUGGCUCCGGGGAGUGGACCCCUCGCCGGCCAGUCGCAGCACCGUGCCCCUUACGUCCUACAAGAGCCUGUCCCAGGAGGAGCACAGCAUGAUCAUCCAGGCCAUGACCUGCGGCAACAUCGCGGACUGCGACACCAUCCAGGAGGCUCUGGAGGCGGAUCGCUACAACCACAUCACUGCCACCUACUUCCUCCUGGCGGAGCGCAUCCUGAGGGAGAAACAGGAGCACCCCGGACAGGCCCCCAGUGCAGAGGGCAGCUGGACCGCACCAUGCCAGCAGCGGAGGCCUCUUUCUGAACCCUUUGACUGGGGCGGGGGCAGAGCCCAGGAGUUACCCGGUGAAAUCCCAGGCCACCAGUCCGCGGAGAUCCACACCUCGGCUGCUGGACCUGGCCCGGAUGUUCCAGAGACCUCUCCGAUUCAGGCUGAGCCCCAGAAACCCCUGGACCUUUGUGCUGGCAGGGAAAACGGGAAUCCUUUCAGCGAGAACAGCGUCAGCCAGCAGGUGGGGCUCCUGUUGAGGUCCAGCGGGCCAGGUGAGCUCCCGCCCACCAAGAACAUCCGAGCCCUGCAGCAGAUCUGUGAGGAAGAUGAGGAGGAGGAAGAGGAAGGGGUUCCUUUAGCUCCAUAUAAUGAGUGUAAAACCACACCUCCUCACAGAAGUGACAAACUGACACAUUGGGAGAAAAGGGAGACCCAGCACCGCCUAGACCAUUGUAUUACACCAAAAGAAUCCUUUGCCAUUAGCCAAGCUGGUGCACAGGGCUGUCCAUUAGAACAGGAAAAUGGGAAAAGCAAGCAGAGAUCAGAAGGAAAAGAAGGUUGUAAAGACCCUAAGCAAGAACUGCAAGUCAGAAGCAGUGUCAAAUUCACUCCACUUGGAGAUGAGCUGUACCUUGAGAGCCAAGGACAGGGUGUUGUGAUGAAUACUGGAAGCAAACAAUGCUUAAAAGACCAGGGAAACACGGUGCAUUGCCAGGCGAUUGAGAUUAGUCAGGGCAAAGAGUCUAGCAAUGGCGGAGAAGAUGUGAAGGAAAGCAGGGCUCAGGAAGGCGAAACUCCAGGGCAAGUUGGUACUGGUGGAGAGACAAGAGUGCAGAGCUGGACUGAAGGAUUCACAGAGGAGCCUGCAGAAGCAAGUGGCCUUGAAGUCACUACAGGUGAAGUGGUUGGACAGAAAAAUAUUCAAGCGCACGAUGUUGCAGAGGAAAAGAAAGGGCUCUUGUAUGAGAAAGGCAUUGUAGAAAGCAAGGAUAUUGAUAAGCGUAGGAUUUUGGAUAGCCAAGAAGCUCCCAGAGAACCAAGCAGGUUAGACAGCCUGGGAACUUUGGACAAAGGCUACAAGCAGGUCAAAGGGCAAGAAAAGGCUCACCUUGAUCGGGGGCCUACAAAGCAAGUUGACCCCAUGCCCCAGCAUCCCCAAGAUGAAAUACAGAAUAAGCCCAAGAAUUCCUCCCGGGGGAUUAAAAAUGCAGUGCCAGGUGAGGGCGAGGAGGGUGCCAUUGUUUGCCACCUCCUCAGCGUGCAGUGCUGCCAGGACGGCACCGAGACGGCAGACGCCAGCGAUGGUGAGGCAGCUGUGAAGGAGCACAACAACAACAUGCCCAAGAUGGAGCUCCAAGUGCCCUCUGCGGCCAGCUCUCCCAGGGCACUGGUAAAGAACCACUGUGUCGACAUGGGUCCGGACUCCGUGGAGACGCGCACCAGCGCCCACGCCGUGAAGGACGUUUCACACGCGGCUGACCGGGCACAGUGGGGGGUCCAGGAGGGGGAGGGAGAGGUGAGCUCACAUUUCAAGAGGUCCAGGAGAGCUCUGGGUGGCAAAGAAGUGGACUUCUGCAGCCGGGGGGGCGUGUACCUCGCUGGCGGUUACGACAUGGGACCAGAACCCAUGAUCCGGGUCGAUCCCACCAAAAUGAAAAAUGUCAACCUGAGGGACAGGCUGCUGCAGUUCCCGCUGUGUGAGAAAGCCCUGUCCUUCAAGAUAAAACCCACCUCAAAGGAGAGCCUCAUGCCACUCGGACAGUUCAACUGUUGUCAUGUGCUAUAGGCCAUUGCUAAAAGACAAAGGACUGAGAAUUUCAUUCUCUAAACUAGAGAGUGGUCAUGCAUCCUGCGGACAUUUGUGAGAGACAGCUUAAAAUUCCAAGUACUGUAAUAUUUUUAAUUUUACUUUAAUUUUAGAGAGGGAAAAACAGUUUAUCCUUCAUCCAUGUCCCUCACCUUCUCGACAGGGUAUGGAUGUAGUCUCGUUAGUAGGUAAACCAUGGCUGCUGUAUUUAUCUGCCUACUGUUCCUAUGCUUUCUCCUUAAUGGUUUUAAAAUAAGGCCAUUUCCUAUGAAUGCAACAGCUCUGAAUGCAUCCCUGCAGUGUUCAUUACAGUGCUUGUAUGUAACCUGAAAGCCCUAAAGCUUUACCAGUGUAAGCUGACUGAACACCACUUUAUUUUUAACACGUGUUAUUCUUUGGGAAACCUACCAGGAAUCUUUAAAGCCCUGUGCAUGCUUGAAAUGCUUGUGAGCCCUGGUACAUUUAUCAAGAGAAUUUUAAAAGAAGGAAAAGGGUAAGGACAGUGAUUUCUAUCAGUACAGGUUGCAGAAAAGAUGAUCUGUUGGAAAAAGUCAAGGCAAAUGUUUUACCUAUAUUUAAAACUACAGUCCACAAAUGUAAUUUAUUGCUGUUGGGCCAUCCAGGAUGUUUUAAACAUCUGACAUUAGAAGUGUUCCUUAGCAGUGGCCUGCUGGAAAUUGGAGUAAUGUUUUUCCACAUUUAUUUUUCCACAAUGUGUCUGAAUGCAUGACAGUGCAUUGGAUAUGUUAGAUGUGUUGAGGAACUCUUUUUCAUGAGAUGGACUGAAGAAUGCUGUCACACUCCAAUUAAAUAUUCUAAUGCAUUUCUAUGCAUUUAAAAAUAGGGAAAGUGGGGGCCUAACAUUUCUGAUGAGCCUCAAAACCUGGUUUCCUGGCCUGGUAAA